AUGGCAGCCGUAGAUUCAGAUUUGGAAAGCGAAUUCAGGUUUCUGAAGUACCUUGACGAUGCUGAUCAACGCCAAGACCCGAUAACUGUCAAGCGCUCGGCCUAUUGGUGCUACUGCGGUCCUCUCCUCGACCGGUUAUCACUACCUGAUAACUUCUACGACUUUGAGAGUCAAGUCUUUACAGAAUCUAUUCGCUCUACAUUUAUUCCUUUCUUGAACUAUAUUAACAAUCUUCUCCUCAACAAGGGGUUUAUGCAUUAUUUCCUUACAAUACGCGCUACGACACCUAUGCAUGAGUUUGAUCAACCAAGAUGGCACACAGAUGAACUCUUCUUCACUACGGAUGUACUCCCGGGCACCCGACUAGGCCUCAAAUCACAACACCAAAAGCAUCAUAAAAACACCGGAACGGACUGGAAGAUCUGCACUACCCUUCUCGGCCCCUCAACGCUCUUCAUACCCCCAUCCCACCAAUCCUCGGCGCGCAAAGCACAAGAAUCCGCUCGUGAGUCAGCAAGCACAGAGCAUGAGUGUGUGUCAAUCCGUUGUGUUGGCUGUGCAGCUGCAGCAGACGCUGUGCGCGAUGAACUAGCUACUGUAUUAGAACCCUUUGGUGUAGAAGCAGCAGAAAUAGGUGAAUGCUCUGUGUUCAAAGUUGGCAGGGAAUCUGGAGCAGUGCACUCUGAACCUUGUAUGAGCGAGGGAAAUAGUGGAAGGGUUUUCAUCAAUGUCGUGCCAGGGACGGAGGACGAGUUGAGAGUGCUGAUGCAUAAAUGGGGCAUGCAGUUCCCCAGACAGUGGUGGGUUGGAGGGAGAUGA